AUGUCCCAAGACCAGAAGUCACUUAUCAACCCAAAUUCUCAAGGUGCUAACGUACGCUUGGAUCGGCUAGAGGAGGUAUUAAUGCGCCUGAAAGCCCAGCUCACUGCAGUUACCAGUAACGGCCCGCGGCGAAAACCAAACCCUCGGCGUACUUCCUCCGUUUCCCACACCCGCCGUCCACAAUCUCCAAGUAGCGUUUGCUGGUAUCACCAACAAUUUGGGGGAGCAGCUCGGCGAUGUCUUCAGCCAUGCUCUUUCAAGGCAUCUCCAACGGCCUCAGGGAGACGAACACACCCGACAGUAGAGGCCACUGCUGCUGGAAGCGCUGCCAAUCUUCACACUCGCCGUUUGUUUCUCUGGGACUGUAUCGCUGGCGCCAAAUUCCUUGUCGACUCUGGUGCCGAGGUUAGCGUGGUUCCACCAACUCCGGCCGAAUGCAAACACCGCAGCUCUUUUUGUCUAACAGCUGCCAACAACUCCAGCAUCCCCACCUUUGGACAGCGCUCCAUCACACUCGAUUUGGGCCUUCGUCGGAUUUUCCGAUGGGUUUUCAUUAUUGCCGACGUUUCCGUCGCCCUCAUAGGCGCUGAUUUCCUAGCCCACUUCAAUCUACUAGUCGAUUUGAGGAAUCGCCGGCUCGUCGACUGCAUCACCAACCUUCAUACCCGUUGUCAAUCCGGUGUGUAUCCCUGCGUCAACCCUCUCACUGUUAUACCCAUUUCUGACUGUCCUUUCCACUCACUCCUCAGGCAGUUUCCCCGCCUGACCAACCCCUCAUUUCGAGAAGUGGACAUCAAGCACACAGUCACCCACCAUAUUUCCACCACCGGACCUCCCAAAUCUUGCCGACCACGUCGUCUUGCUCCGGACCGUUUGAAAAUUGCCAAGGCAGAGUUCGAACACAUGCUCGAGCUCGGCAUCAUCCGACAGUCCGGCAGCUGCUGGGCAUCACCCCUCCAUCUUGUCCCAAAGAAGAGCGGCGACUGGCGACCGUGUGGUGACUAUCGGGCGUUGAACUCUGUGACUGUCCCCGACCAGUAUCCCGUUCCGCACAUCCAAGACUUCACUAUUUCGCUACAUGGUAAGCGAAUAUUCUCUAAGAUCGACCUUGUGCGUGCCUACCACCAAAUCCCGAUCGAGGCCAGUGAUACUCCGAAAACUGCAGUGACCACUCCCUUUGGGUUAUUCGAAUUCACUCGUAUGCCCUUUGGUCUGAGGAACGCCACUCAAACCUUUCAGCGAUUCAUUGAUCAGGUUCUGCGAGGUCUCGACUUCGUCUACGCCUACAUUGAUGAUUUGCUAGUGGCUAGUUCUGACGCUGCUGAACACGAGAUUCAUCUCCGACAGCUCUUCGAACGGCUCGACUCCUACGGCGUUAUCAUCAAUGCCGCCAAAUGUGAGUUUGGAGUCCCCAGUCUUAUCUUCCUUGGUCACGAAGUGAACUCAGAUGGGAUAAAGCCCGUCCCGGAAAAACUUUCGGCCAUAUCAGCGUUCCCCGUCCCGACAACCAUCAACCAACUACGCCGCUUCUUAGGGAUGGUGAACUACUAUCACCGUUUUCUUCCCCAUGGGGCCACCAUACUGCAGCCUCUCAACAGCCUGUUGACCCACUCCAAGAAGACACUGGUGAUGACCGAGGAGGCCGUCAGGUCCUUCAAUGACGUCAAGGCCGCACUUGCGAGCGCAACACUGCUUGCUCACCCCCGCUCAAAUGCCCAGCUAACUCUCAUGACAGAUGCUUCCAGCAUUGCAGUUGGUGCAUCACUGCAGCAAACUGUUAGUGAUGUUCUACAGCCUUUGGCUUUCUUCUCGAGGAAGCUCAGCCCAGCAGAGACCCGCUACAGUGUCUUCGGCCGCGAACUCCUUGCCGUCUAUCUAUCCAUCCGGCACUUCCGCCAUUUCCUCGAGGGUCGUGAAUUUGUUGUUCUAACAGAUCACAAGCCACUCGUUUUUGCACUGAGGGCCUCUCCCGAUCGAUACUCGCCCCGUGAAAUUCGUCAUCUAGACUUCAUCUCACAGUUUUCCUGA